AUGGCAGCUCCAGAGAAGGCAACAACCAUGUUAAAUGCCAUAAAGAUGUCAGAGCCACGUCAGUUAAAACCCAAUAGCGUUGAGACGGAAAGAAUCAUCACUGUCCUGGAUGAGAUGAUUGCCAAGCUGGAGCUGAGCAGUUUGGUCCCAUGGAUCAUCGACUCUCUGGACAGGUUUGUGGAUAUGCUGGGACCUGAGAUCACAAACAAGCUGACUGAGCACCAAAGGCUUUCCACUGAAGUGCGGCACCUGCUUGCCAGCUCUGGAGAAGAGAACACCAUGGGCACCAAGGAACAAUGGAGCCGUCUCUGCUUGCUAGAGCAACGGCUGAAAUGUUCUGUUAGAAACGUCCUGAGGCUCUUGCUGGCCAACCCUUCACUUUGCCAGGCUCUGAAAUAUGAAAUUCGGACAAGAGAGUCACCAGCUGAAGUGUUUAUCAAAGCCUUCAGGGAGUUCAGGAAUUUAAUGCUCGAGAGACUCCUGACUAGUCCUGUGGAAGAGGAAGAAAAGAUUCGGUUCAUGGAAGACCUCUCCCUCCAGAUUGAGAAAAACACUGAAGCAAUCACAGCUUUACGGGCAGAACUGGCAGCAGCGAUCCGGACUUGCGAGGAGGAGACUCACAAGAAGGACAAUGAGAUCAGAAUCCUCAAAAGCAGCAUGCAAGAGCUGACCGAAGCCUGCAAGACUGGCAUCCAGCAGAUGAAGGAGGAAGGAGAAAAACAGCAAAAGGAGGAGCUGCAAGCCGCCCGGGCCAGGUGUGGCAGGCUGCGGCAGGAUGUGCAGCAGCUGGGAGCUCAACUCCAUGCACUCGUGCUGGAGCAUCGAGAGUCAGAGCUGGCUCUCAGGAAGAGAAAGUGCAGAGCGGAGAUGGAAAUUAUGAACUGGGUCCAGAAAUACGACACAGACAUGGCAGAAAAACAGGCUGAGUACGAGGAGGUGAGCGCUGCCUACGCCAAGGAGAAGGCCCAGCUAUCCCUGCUGACAGAGAAACAUGCCAUGCUUCUCCAGGAGUAUUCCCAGAUUCAGGAGGAGCGCAGGAUACGUCAGGAGAAGGAGGAGAGGGAGUUGGAGGAGUUGAACACCAAGACCCGAGCUGCCACCUGCAUCCAGGCCUUCUGGAGAGGCUACUUGGUCCGGUCUGUCUUCAAGCCUAAAAAGAAGAAGGGCAAGGGCAAGGGCAAGGGCAAGGGCAAGGACAAGGGCAAGGGCAAGAAGGCCAAGAAAUAA